GUUUCGCGUUAGACGCGUAAAUCUCUUUAACGCACCGUUGUUUUUUUAUUUUAUUUUAAGCAGUGACCAUUGUAGCUAAUAUAAUUUUCUUCCUACAAGUUCUUCUACAAACCCAUCUUUAUGUGUGAUGUAAGGUAUGGCAUGCAGGUGUAGCGGAACUGAAUGGUAACGUGUAGAGUCAGUAGUUCCCAGUUUUUUGUUGACAUUCACAGGCUUGGAUUCAGUGGACACUUCAUAGUUGGUAUAUUAUAGGUACAACCAAUCUAAUCCGGAGAUAAACAAAGUAUAUGUUUUCACCAGUGAUCACAUGGAGGAUGAUGAUUCUAUGCGUGAUAAUGAUAGUAUUCAUGCCACGAGCAGUUUUAACCGAUGGGUGUACGAAGAAUAUGUACCUGCACAAUGACGGAAGUUGUCAUCCUUUUAUUGACUGUCAACAUAUGGACAGUGUUGUUAUUCAACAUGAUUUGUCAACGAUUGGUUUCGUAAAAAAAUUGUUUCGUGCAACGGUGGAUAAUAUGGCUGUGGUGUACAGCUAUCCAAUAAAUAAAAGUGUGGAGAAUGAUUUUUUGCAUGGAAUUAGGAUGUUAAGAGAAUUUCAAGGUUCGUCACUUGUUGCAGAGAUGAUAGGAUACUGCGAUGAAAAAGAAAAAUUACAACUUUUAACAAAGUAUUAUAAAUAUGGUUCCGCAGAUCGUUUGAAGGACAUACUGGAGAAGAAAUCGUUACGCGAACAGUUACAGAUCAGACUGAAUUUUUGUUAUGAUUACUUAGCAGCGCUUAAAUUUUUGCAUGAUAGUCCACUUGGUGUAAGAGUAAUGUGUGACAGCAACGAUGUUACGAAAACAUUAUCGCAAUUUUUAAUCACGGACGAUUAUCGAUUGGUCAUGGUUGAUUUGGAUGCGUUACCGGAAGUGGAUCUCGAAAAUAAUGUUACCGUAAAAUGUGGACAUAGACAAUUAUUUGGUGAUUUUGUAGCACCAGAACAGCUGUGGCCACACGAUCAUCUUGUAUUCGACGAUAGGAAGAUGCCUGGCUACGAUGAAAAAACGGAUGUGUGGAAGAUUCCGAACGUACUAUCGUAUAUUUUAGGGACUACUUCUAUGGCGAAACAAGUUAGAUUUCGUAUGUUUGACAUAUUUCGACAAUGUAAAGAGUUGGAAAGCUGGAAAAGACCUACGGCAGGUUCUGUUUUAAGAACACUUGUUGAUGUUGUAAAAACAUUGAAUUUAAAGAUAGAAUUAUAACACGAAAUUGUUUGCGAAACACCCUUCCAAUCUAGAAUAAGGAUACAAAGGUAUCGGCAAAGCGUUAUGUACCAAGGGACUACAAAACCGCUAUUAGGUUUUCGACUUUAGUGACACAAAAAUCGGGUUAUUACCAGUGGAAAAGGUUAGGAUCACUAAGGACGUAACAACAUCUAAACCAACCUCGACCUCCCAGCUCUUUGUCUCUUUUUUAUAACGGACAAAUUCUACUGCACCGUUGAUUUUCGGAAGUCUUUUAGAAAAGUAGAAAACUUUUCAAAAUAGGAAUAAGUGGAAACUCUCACUAUUAGUUCUUUAUUAUCUCUUUUUAUCUCGAACAAUCCCACAGCCCCGAGAAAGACAUAAAAUAUACUCGAUAUUGAAAACAACCCUGGAAAUAUCAACUUUCCAAAAGGCGGACACCUCUGCUUCGCCGACAGAUAUUUCUUUUACACCAAUGUUGUCCACUAAUUGAGGAAACUUUUGUACUAUAGACUGGAGAAACGCAUCUAUAUUUUGUCUGAAUAUUUACUAUUUUCUCCUAGUCCUUUGGAAGAGUAUUUAAACUUGCGCGAAAAUGCGUGCAAUAUGUUAUAUUCCCAUCGCGGGAAAAUUAAUAUUCGAGAAAUAGAUUUUGUCACUGCGCGAAAAUUUAUACAUAUUGAAAAUCAAUACGAAUAAGGUAGUAUUAGAAGGGAGAAUUUACACUUAGAUCGCCUCUGGGUUAAUUUCCAGUAAUACAUCGAUUUACGCAAAAUAAACAUUCGUUAUUAAGACGCCAGAAGAUAGAUUUAUCACUUUCACUCACAGAAAGAGAGUAAAACGCCUGAGUUUUAUGUUUCGUUAAUCUGUUUAGAAUGAACAGUGAGCUUAUGAAUCGCGUCGUAAACCAUCAGAAUAGCAGUCAUUCAAACUCAUCUCUUGACGAUUUUAGUAUCUAAGAAGAAGAGUAAUCACCUUUUUUUGCGAAAUAGAUCCUAUUGUGUUUAUGCAACUAUGCAUGUAUAUUCCGUGUGUUACCGGUAAUGUAGUUGGAAAAAGAUAAAAUAUGUUUUUUAUGAUAAAUUUAUUCCUUCACACCUUUGUAAAGUAAUUCAAUCUUUUUCAUUGACGGAUGUAUUCAGACACCAUUAGUUGUGGAAAGUAUGUGAAAAUAUUACCAAUAAAUACGUUUUUAUUUUAUUGUA